UCGGUGCUUUGCAACACUGUCGAGCAGCUGCAGCAGAAAAAACAAGUCCAACGGCAUGAAAAUAUGCUGAAAUAAUCUCCUGAUAUGAGCUGCCCUGCCGAACUCUAGGGCAAACCGAUAAGAGGCAUGUUUAGGAAGCUACUCAAGAUGUGGAUUCUGCUGCGACCCACUCACUGGCUGAUUUUGAUAGCCCUGUGCGUGCUGACCUGUGCGGGUUACUGGUUGCUCUGGUCGGAGAUUCGCUUGGAACAUGCCUUUAAGCCACUGUCCAAAUUGGGGGAAUCUCUGAGCCCCGAUCAGCAUGCCUCCUCAGCCACCGAUGACUUCGACUUCGAGGAGCACCUGGUAGUGCUGUACAACCGCGUUCCAAAGACAGGAUCCACCAGUUUUGUCAACAUUGCAUACGAUCUCUGCAAGCCAAACAAAUUCCACGUGUUGCACAUCAAUGUGACUGCCAAUAUGCACGUCCUCUCGCUGCCCAACCAAAUCCAGUUCGUGCGCAACGUUUCGCGGUGGCACGAGAUGAAACCAGCUCUGUAUCAUGGCCAUAUGGCCUUUCUGGACUUCUCCAAGUUCCAAAUCGCCCACAAGCCCAUCUAUAUAAAUCUAGUGCGCAAGCCUCUGGACAGACUUGUCUCCUACUAUUAUUUUCUACGCUUCGGCGACAACUACCGACCGAAUUUAGUGCGCAAGAAGGCGGGCAAUAAGAUUACCUUCGACGAGUGCGUGGUGCAGAAGCAAGCCGACUGUGAUCCCAAGAACAUGUGGCUGCAGAUACCCUUCUUCUGCGGCCAUGCCGCCGAGUGCUGGGAACCCGGCAGCAGUUGGGCCCUGGAUCAGGCCAAGCGCAAUCUAGUCAACGAGUACUUCCUAGUCGGAGUCACCGAGCAGAUGUACGAGUUUGUGGAUCUGCUGGAGAGAUCACUGCCCAGAAUCUUUCACGGCUUUCGUGAGCACUAUCACAGCUCAAACAAAUCUCAUUUGCGUGUGACAUCUUCCAAGCUGCCGCCAAGCGAGUCCACAAUUAAAGCCAUUCAAAAGACCAAAAUCUGGCAAAUGGAAAACGAUUUGUACGAGUUCGCGCUGGCCCAAUUCGAGUUCAACAAGAAGAAGCUCAUGCAGCCGGAUAACAAGCACGUCCAGAAGUUCAUGUACGAGAAGAUUCGGCCCAAAUGAUUGCAGAGAAGGCGACGGAGUCGCAGAGCAAGAAUUCGGCCGACUUAAGUGUUCCAACGUCUGCCAGGAGUCUCCGAUUUUUGUAUUGUAAAUACGCAAUUCUCCCACUUAGAUUUGAUCUGUACUUAAGCGUAACUAAUCCGUACACCUAAGCGCUACUGAAGACUUAAGCAGUGAAUAUCGUUGACAUAUUAAUAAUCCCAACAUUUUGUAUGUAGUCUAAGCUUUAAUCUUGUAAAACAUUCGAAAACGCUUUGUAGUUCAGCGUAAGCAAUAUUUAGAAACAAUUGUCUGCACAAUAUCUCUUCGUUUAGUCAAAUGUACGUUUUAUACUCGACAAUACUGUGGAAUGAAUGGAUGAAUUUAGAAUUUGUAGAUCUUAUAAGUGUAUGUUCACAUGUAAACGACUCUCAUUAAUUGUAACUGUCAUAGGCUAAGCUCAGAAUCUGAAUUUGACAUUCAAAUUAAAUGCAUGUAAAUAGUUGAUAA